AUGAUAACAUAUGUUGCUGCUCAACAAACUUGUCAACUGACUGAUCCGGAUAUUCUUGGACCCUACUAUCUUCCUGGUGCACCUACAUCUAAAGAGCAACUUUGCGCCAAUGUACCGGCACAUGAUCGAUUGAUUUUAACUGGACAAGUACUCGAUUACGAAUCGAAAUGUCAACGUGGUGUUCCCAAUGUGAAAUUGGAUUUAUGGCAGGCUAAUUACAAUGGUGUGUAUUCUGGUGGUCAGAAUGCUAAUGAUUGGUGGUGUCGAGGUAUCAUUAAAACGGAUUCCAAUGGCAAAUUUCGUAUUACUACUCUGUUUCCUGGCCGCUACGAUGACGGUGGUUACCGUCCGGCUCACAUUCAUUUCAAGGUUACUGCUGAAGGUUAUCCAACAUUAGUAACCCAAUUGUAUUUCAAUCUUGAUUAUUAUCUCUCACCACGUGAUUCAUGCAAACGCUGUCGUAGCAAUGCCAAAUCGUUGGUGGUAUCAGCUGUACAUCGUGAUGAUAUCAAAACAUUCGAAGACACCAAUCAACAAAGUCGUUUAAUAGUUGCAUUAUGGUAUUUUAUAACAAAAAUAUCGAUGAAUAAAUUAUAUGAUAUAGUUACUUAUUUUCCAUCCUGGAAUCAAACACAAUUGUUUACACCGAUUGAUAUUAAUCAAUUUGAGAUGGCAAAAUGUAUAGUUAUUGUUCGUUUACUAAAUUUUAUUAUAACACUUUGGUCUAAAUAUCCACAAGAUACAAUAUGA